AUGCAAAUGCAGGUUAAAGGGCAGAAAAAAGAAAACAUAUCCGGUGUAUACGCUAAAUGUACUGUAGGAUUUAAACAAGCUGAAGUUGAUCUGUUAAAUUUACUGCAUUUACACGAAAAUGAAAUUUUCGAAAUCCUUCCUAAAAAUGUAGUUGGAAUAGGAACUACAUUUGAAAGGUCAUACAAAGAACCUUCUAUUGUUCUCUAUAUAAAUAAAUCCCUUGAGCUCUCCGAUGAAAUAAUUAGAAUAUUAUUUAAAAUAUUAAAACGUCCACCAGAAGAUGUUAUAAUUUGCCAAUUGUCUACUGAGAAUGAAUCAGACGAAAAUGCAGGAAACAACAAUAACAAGAAUACAAUUGACGAUGGUUAUAAUGACUAUUUAGAAAAUGAAAAUAUUGUGGAUAAAAAUGGCAGUGAAGAUGACAGAGAAAAUGGAAGUAGUACUAACAAAAAGUACGAAAGUAACAGAGAUGAAGAUGAUCAUAUUGAAAAUCGACAAGAUGAUAACAAAAAAAGAAAUAAAAAGGAAUCUAAUGAAAAUAAUAAAGACAACGGAAAAGAAGAUGGCGGAGACGGUGGAGAUGAGCCUAAUGGAACAAAUGGUGUGAAUUUAGAUGGAUUUAUUAAAGCGAGCGCUUCCGUAAAUAUAAUGUUUGAAGAAAUUAUCCAAAAAGCCACAAUGCAGUUUAUUUUGCAAAUGAAGCACCCAAAUAAUAAAAAUGACAGGCUAGAUAUAGCAGUCACCAAAAUAUCCAUUUCUGGUGGGAGAAUGUUGUCGAAUCAAUCAAAGUCAAUAAAAGUUAUAGGAUAUUACCCAAUUGAAGUUCAAGUUUCUUUUACAGCCAUUUCAAAAUUAUUAGAAGACAAAGACAGCAAUUUGAUUAAUUUUGUAAACGAAUCUAUCCCAAUUCGAAAUAUAAGUACACAAACACACACCAAAACAGUAAAAAAAGGAGUGGCGGCAGGUUUUGAGGGAUAUACCCCUAAUGCGAUCGUAAAUUACGGCCAGGAGGAAAUUAUUAGUGAGGAAAAUAUUCCAAUUGUCACUAUCACAACUGUUGAAAGUGGUGGAACAAGGUUUUUAUGGGAACAUGCUUUAAACAAUAAGAAAAGAAAAAUUCCCGGAUACUCAGCACCAACACAUAAAGCUGAUUUUGAGUAUGAAAAGGUUCUAGUAAAAGAAUUUGAAAUAAAGAUGGAGCUAGUUUUGGCAUCAGAAUUUAAGAGUCGAUUUUCAAUAUCUCGGGUAAACAAACUUCCAGAAAAGCUGCGAUUUUCACUUUCUAUAAUAAUAAAAGAAGAUAAAAUUCAAGAAAUAUUUAAGGAAAAUAGCGAGACAAAAUGUACCCAUCGGGAGCCCUUGAUGGCAAAUAAAGAGAAUGGUUUCAAAGUUAAUUCAGCUCCAAAGAAUUUUCCAGGGAAGGAUGGAAUCAUAUAUUCACAAGAAAUAGAGAAUCACAAUGAAUAG